GGCGGCCGGCUCCGGGCGGGCGGAGGUCCUUGGAGAAGCGGCCGGGCGGGAGAGCUCAUCUCGGCAGAGCCCGAAGCGGCCGCGUAGCGUCUCGUCUGCCACAGAAGCCAGGCGCGCGGCCCCGCGCCCUCCCGCCUUCCUCUCUCGGGUCUCUCGGUCUUCUCUCUGCAAACCACGGGAAGAAGGCGCCCUCUCCUUAGCGGGCCCGGAGCUGCAGAGGCAUCGCGGGGCGCGGCCGAGGGGAGGAGAAAGAAGAGAGGGAGCGGAGCCGGCCCGGGCCCAGCCGUGACUCGCGGGGCUGCGGCUCCGCCAAUCUGUGGGCGCUGACGCGGGGGGCGGCUCCGCGGCGCUCCGAUAUCUGCGCGCCCGGGGCGCGGGGCGCCGAGAGGCUCGGCCGUGCGGGCGCUGCGCUCCGGAGACGGCUGCUGCACCUGCCCGGGGACUCUCCGGCCGCUCCGUGCGCCCCCAGCCCGCUCCCCCCUGCCGCCCCUUCCUCUCCGCUCGGCUGCGCGCCCUCUGGGUCCCCCAUCUCCGGGACCACAGCGUGAGACAGCCGAGCCCUGCCCGAAGGAGCCGCCCCUUCUCCGACCGCCGGGUCCCGCCACUAGCGCGGCCCACGAAGCCCGCGGAGAGGACCGCGCUGUGUAUCCGAUAGCGUCGCGCGGCCGCCACCACCGUCCCCGACCCGUCGCGCCCCGGCCGGGAUGGGCAGCCGCGUGGGACCCCUGCACGCCUGAUGAGCGCGGCCGCAGCCCCGGAGACCCGCGCCGGCUGCUGUGUGCACCGGGCCUCUCCCGGCUGCGACCCCUACUACCGGAUCCACUGUUCCCCGCGCCCCCAGGUCCGCGGACAAGGGCCACUGAGCCCGACCGCUGAAGGCGCGGCCGCUCCCGAGAGGCCGAGAGGAAACGGCCCCGGGAUGGCCCAGAGAGCCGGCGUUUUGGAGGGGGGCGCCCUACACAUUGUUCGGGUCCGGGGACAGCCCCGGAGCUGGUAGCUGUCCAGGCGCCGAAUGGACCCUGACCCGAGAGGCGGGGCCGUGUUUGUGCCAAGCCGAGGCUAGAGGGGCGCCCUCUGGGAGCCCCGGGCCCCGCUCACUCGCGCGGCCAUGAAGAUGAUCCUGGUGCGCAGGUUCCGCGUGCUCAUCCUGAUGGUGUUCCUGCUGGCCUGCGCGCUGCACAUUGUGCUGGAUCUGCUGCCCAAGCUGGAGCGGCGCGCAGCGCGGCCCUCGGGGGAGCCCGGCUGCUCGUGCGCGCAGCCCGCGGCCGAGGCGGCGCCGCAGGGCUGGGCUAAGGCGCGGGGCCGCCCCGGGGAGCCCCCGGCCGCCGGCGACGCGGGCUGGCCCAACAAGCACACGCUGCGCAUCCUGCAGGAUUUUAGCUCCGACCCUUCCUCCAACCUCACGUCCCACUCGCUAGAGAAAUUGCCGCCCGUGGUUGAGCCGGCCGAGCGCGCCUUGAGGGGGCAGGAUCACGGCCUCCCGCGACCCCGCGACCCCGCGCAGCGGCCGCUGCUCCGAGACCCCGGCCCCCGUCGGUCGGCGCCGCCCCCUGGCCCGAGCGGGGACGGCUCACUUUUGGCCAGGCUGUUUGAACAUCCACUCUACCGGAUCGCUGUUCCGCCGCUAACGGAGGACGACGUCCUGUUUAAUGUGAACAGCGACAUCAGAUUCAACCCCAAGGCAGCGGAGAACCCGGACUGGCCACAUGAAGGUGCUGAAGGUGAAGAAUUCCUACCCACUGGGGAGGCGGCCGUGGACUCCUAUCCCAACUGGCUCAAAUUCCACAUUGGCAUUAACCGAUACGAGCUGUACUCCAGACAGAACCCAGCAAUUGAAGCCCUGCUGCGUGAUCUCAGCUCUCAGAAGAUAACCAGUGUGGCCAUGAAGUCAGGGGGCACGCAGCUCAAGCUCAUCAUGACGUUCCAGAAUUACGGGCAAGCACUCUUCAAACCCAUGAAGCAAACGAGGGAGCAGGAGACACCUCCUGACUUUUUUUAUUUCUCCGACUACGAGAGGCACAAUGCGGAGAUCGCUGCCUUCCACCUGGACAGGAUCCUGGACUUCCGCCGAGUGCCUCCGGUGGCUGGCAGGAUGGUCAACAUGACCAAGGAAAUCCGGGACGUCACUCGAGACAAGAAGCUGUGGAGAACCUUCUUCAUCUCUCCAGCCAACAACAUCUGCUUCUACGGAGAGUGCUCCUACUACUGCUCCACAGAGCAUGCCGUGUGUGGUAAGCCGGACCAGAUAGAGGGGUCGCUGGCGGCCUUCCUGCCAGACCUGUCCCUGGCCAAGAGGAAGACGUGGCGGAACCCCUGGAGACGCUCCUACCACAAGCGCAAGAAGGCAGAGUGGGAAGUGGACCCCGACUACUGUGAGGAGGUGAUGCAGACACCACCCUAUGAUAGCGGCCACCGUGUUCUGGACAUCAUGGACAUGACAAUUUUCGACUUCCUCAUGGGAAACAUGGACCGCCACCACUAUGAGACUUUUGAGAAGUUUGGGAAUGAAACGUUUAUUAUCCACUUAGACAACGGGAGAGGGUUUGGGAAAUACUCACAUGAUGAGCUCUCCAUUCUGGUGCCCUUACAGCAGUGCUGCAGGAUCAGGAAGUCCACCUACCUGCGGCUGCAGCUCCUGGCCAAGGAGGAGUACAAGCUGAGCCUGUUGAUGGCAGAGUCUCUGCAGAGGGAUAAGGUGGCACCUGUCCUGUACCGGCUGCACCUGGAAGCCCUGGACCGACGGCUGCGCGUUGUGCUGCAGGCCGUCCGGGACUGCAUCGAGAAGGACGGCAUCCACAGUGUGGUGGAAGAUGACCUGGACACUGAACACAGAGCCUCCCCCGAGAGGUAGUGACCUGCCAGCUGCCCGCUGUGCCCAUUGAGGAAAGAGGAGGGAGACAGCCUCACAGCGACCACACAUGUGCCACAUCGUGAAUUCAGUGAAUUCAUAGACAGGAUGGGAUCAUCCCCCAGUCGGUGAACUGUGGCUCUGGGGAGGGUGAGGUAGUUCCGCAGCAGGUCUAACAGGACACUUUUUGUUAGUUUUUGAGAGCAGAAAAAGGAAGGAAGGUGCUGUCUGUGCUCACAGACAGAGGCGGCCAGCGGCAGAGGCAUUCCAUCCUUUUUGUAGGGAAAGGAAGCCUUUAUUUGCUAUUUUGUAUUUAUAUAUGGUGUAUAUGUAUAUAAAUAGAGAGACAUAUAUACAGACCACAGAUCACCUACCAAAUUAACCCAACGACUGUCCUCCCGCUGGCUCCGUGGGGCUCCUACUUGGCCAAAUUCACCCGUUAAGGGCUCUCACACUCUGGACCUAAUUUAAAAUAAAAACUUGUUUCUCCUCCUUCCCGGGACCUUUGCACUAGAAGGCUGGAGGGUCUCAUCUCAAGGUGGGAGGAGGCUCCUGCUGGACGUCAUGGCCGUGUGUCGCAGAUGGAUACUUAAAAUUGGGUUUCAGAGUGAUGUAAAUGACUAUUCGUCUUAUCGUCGCAGCCAGCAGCAGCCCGGGACGUUCCUUGGCAGCAGUGGGCUCUGCUCGUCCUCUCCCUUUGGACAGUUGAUGUAAAUAACAUCACGCAGGGUCUGCUGUGCACCGCAGCAGUAGGUUUAUCUUUGCAGCCUCUGUGGAAUCGUUUGCAAUGUGGUAAAAGUGCAAUAAAGAUACAGCAAAUGUG